UUAAAGGUUGUAUUCAUUUAAUGGCGAAGAUAGAGCCCUGACACUUCAACUAUUAUACGUAGUGAAUCCAGUCAGAUCAUGUCUUUAUCCAAGUGCUACACCUCUACACCAGAAACAACAAACACUGCUCGACUGGCGAGGCUUAUACUGGGUCCUUGUACUGAUGUGUUACGUGACAUUCUAAAGACAGAAGUGAAACCAUCUGAUUUGUCCAGAAAGGUUAAAGAAUUUACAGAUAAACUUUCACAUGGACAAAGAAAUCCACUCAACAAAACACAAUCAGAGAUAAUUUUCCCCAAACACACGAAACAAUACAGUAGUGAUUACUCAGACUUAGACAUAUCUUUUUUGUAUUUACUUCUACGCAAUGUAAGUAAAAUAUCAUCACAUUCCAAAGGUUGGGGAGAGAUUCCGAAUCCCGGAGACAGAAGCGUGGCAGCCAACAUUGAAAGAAUUCGCCUCAUUAGGAACCAGUAUUACGGACAUUCAGCUGAUCUGUCCCUAACCGAGUCAGAAUUUAGACAGGAAUGGCGGAACAUCCGGGACAUUGUAGUGGAGCUAGAGCGACACCUAGGAACCAGCACGGUAUACCAGGAUGCCGUCAACAAGAUAAAAAACUGCUCCAUGGACCCAGAACAGGAGAAAAAAUACAUAGACUUACUUGGAGAUAUCAGAGAACUUCAUACAAUUGUGGAUCAUUUAUCGAGUAAUAUGCUGAGUAUGCAAAGAGAAUUGGCGCUUCAUGAUCCAAGACUUGCAAGAAAGAUCGAAACAACUAAGAAAAUGAUACAAAAACAUUAUGAAGCUGUUAGUCAUCUAUUUGUAAAAACUCACUCGUUUCUAAGAGCCAAGGAACUGUUGGACAAUAACGGUUAUGUCGUCAUCAAGGGUAACCCUGGGACUGGAAAAACCACAAUCGCGAAGAUGUUGAUGAAAGAAUUGAUGGAGGCUGGAAAAUCUCCUCUUCAGCUUUACAAGUUCACAGAUUUGUAUGAAAACAUAUCACCGUGUGAUGGUAUAGUGGUAUUCAUUGACAAUUUAUUUGGUGAGUUUUCUUUGUCCAGCGAUGACGUUCAAGAAUGCAAAGCUAGAUCAGAUAUGAUGAAGGUCUUAAUUGAAAGUGACAUUGAUAAUAAAUCUAACAGAUUGAUAUUUGCUUUAAGAAAUGAUAUAUAUCAGGAAUGCAUACAAAAUGAGUGUGAUGACGAUUUUUUUAUGUCGUCCUUGGUUGACCUAUCAGGCAAAGAAAAUGCAAUGCUCAAGGAAGAGUUCCUGCAGCUAUCAGAAAAAUAUGGGAUCUCUGAAUACGUAAAAGACAAAGAACUUAUUCAUAAGGUAUAUGAAAUGCCACUAGCUAUAGGGUUUCCACAAUGUUGUAAAUUAGCAAAAAGCAAUGAAGACUUUAAACGAAACGUAAUUGCAUUUUUACCAAAUGCAAUGACGUUUAUGAGAGACUACUUCAAAACAUUAUUGAAAAAACGAACUGUAAAAUCUGCUGUUUUAGUGUAUCUUCUUCUGAAUGGAGGAAAAGUAGAAGUCGAAUUGAUUGAAAAUCCUCGACUGAAUUUAGAGAUGAAGCGCUACUCUUUAGAAUUUGUAGGUCUACAAAGCUCGUAUGUUAACGAUUUCCGGGACAGUAUGUUUUGUUUUGAGGGGUUUUUAAUAACUCAUGACACGAUAGAAAAUACAUACAAAUUUUCCCAUAGUUCAAUACAGGAAUCCCUUUUCAGUGUCUUGUUUUAUUUUGAUUCUGAAAAAAUGAUCCAAAUGUGUUAUCCGUCCCUACUUCUUACAUUAACGACAUGUAAAAACACCAAAAGUACACAAGUCUACAUAGAACAAAGAUUGUUUAAAUAUGUUGCCCGCCGCAUUGCAAAUAUAAUUGGAGAAAGGUCUGUAAUUGGAUUUUCCUCCAUAUCAUCACUGGAAUUAUGGAAUGAUUCACACUUCCAUGAGCACGUAUUACAAUCUGAAGAAUGCACUUCGAAGUUUAAAACAUAUCUUGAUACCAACGGUGAUUCAAUGGUUGUGCAUUUUUCGAAGGUGGGAAAUAAGCGGUGGGUUGAAUAUUUACUUCCGAAUUCAGGAAAAAGACAAAGAUACAGAUCAAUUAACGCUGCUUGCUCAAAAAAUCAACCCGAUAUUGUUAAUCUCAUUUUGUCUUCAGGUGUGGAAUGUGAUCUUCAAACGUGUUUUUACGCUGUACAAAGUGGCAAUAUAGAGUUAUUGCUCCGAGUUUGUGAGCUUGUUGAUGUUCGUCAAAUUUCAUCUUCCUUGCAUCCUGUCUGGUCUAAUGUUAGACACAGCUUACUUCAGGAAAUCUGUUUUAUGCAACAGACACAAUUACUUGAACAAGUUCUGGAAAAAUAUCCAUUUCUUGUAGAUAAUAAAAAUGAUCAAGGCGCCAAUGCAUUACAGUCCGCAGCGAGUUCUGGAGACAAACAUGCAUUCAAUCUUUUAUUAAAGCUUGGCUGUGAUCCUUAUGAAAAAGAUCGAGACAAUGGUCACACUAUUCUUACUUGUGCUUGUCAGGAUGGUAGGCUUAACAUGGUGAAAUAUCUUAUUGAAACAUAUCCUGCAUUACUCCAGGAUCACACAGAUGUUCGAGGAAAAAGCCUUUUACAUUGGGCAGCUUUUAGUGGGAAUAUAGAUAUAUUUGAAUAUAUGCUAAACCUCUUUGAGAAUAAAAAUAUAUUACAUGUACCAAGUGACAAUAUACCAAAAGCAGAUAAAACAGAUAACUCAGGUCAUUCUAUCCUGCACGCUGCAUGUAAAAAUGGUCAUUAUUAUAUGGGUGAAUACCUGUUAAACAGAUACCCACAAUUACUGAAUGUCUGUGACAAUAAUGGUAACAAUGUUCUCCAUUACACAGCUGAAGGAGGCAACGUAGAUCUUUUUAAGUUUCUUUCAAGUAAAGGAUUAAAUGUUAAUUGUACAACAAAUAUCGGGAAGACUGUGUUACACAUGAGUUGUGCUUGGGGUAGAGAAGACAUGUGUAGGUAUCUUGUAAAUAUGUAUCCAUGUUUAAUAUCUGUUAGAGAUAAUGAUGGAUGCACAGUGUUACAUUCAGCUUGCCGUGGAGGUAGUGUAGAAGUUGUGUAUUUUCUUAUAGAAAAGGGAAUGGACAUUAAUUCCUUGACAAAUGAUGGUAAAACUAUCUUGCAUAUAGCAUGUCUCAAUGGGAAGUUUGAAGUUUGUGUGUACUUAGCUGAGAAUCAUCCCCAUCUUUUAAACGUCAAAGACAAGUCUGGUAAUACAGUGUUGCAUGCUGCAGCCUGGGGAGACAAUGUUCAAAUAGUAAAACUACUGAUUGAGAAAAAGAUGGACAUCAAUGCCUUACGGGAAGAUGGUGAAACAAUUUUACAUCUGUGCUGUCGUUCUGGUAAAUUAGAGGUGUGUGAGUAUUUGAUCAAUCAUUUUCCAGAUUUAUUGAAGAUAAAGAACACUAUGGGGUGGACAGUGUUUCAUUCAGCUUGCUAUGGUGGAAAUGUAGAAAUUGUGAUUUUUCUGAUAGAAAAAGGAAUGAAUAUUAAUACCUUGUCAAAUAAUGGUCAAACUAUCUUGCAUAUAGCUUGUCUUAAUGGGAAGUUUGAAGUUUGUGUUUACUUAGUUGAGAAUUAUCCCCAUCUAUUAGGUGUCAGGGAUAAAUCUAGCAACAAAGUAUUGCAUGCUGCAGCCUGGGGAGGCAAUGUUCAAAUAGUGAAACUACUGAUUGAGAAAAAGAUGGACAUCUAUACCCUACAGGGAGACGAUGAAACAAUUUUACAUCUCUGUUGUCGCUCUGGUAAAAUGGAGAUGUGUGAGUAUUUGGUCAAUCAUUUACUGGAGAUAAGGGACAAUAGGGGAUGGACAGUGUUACAUUCAGCUUGCUGUGGUGGAGGGAGUGUGGAAAUUAUGAUUUUUCUGAUAGAAAAUGGAUUGGACUUUAAUGCCGUGUCAAAUGAUGGUAAAAGUAUUCUGCAUAUAGCUUGUCUCAGUGGGAAGUUUGAAAUUUGUGAUUUCUUAGUUGAGAUAUUUCCUCAUUUAUUAGAUUUAGGGGACAGUUGUGGUAAGUCAGUGUUGCAUGAUGCAGCCAUGGGAGGCAAUGUUAAAAUAGUCAAACUAUUGAUUGAGAAAAAUAUGGACAUCAAUAGCCUACUGGACGAUUGUGAAUCAAUAUUACAUCAAUGCCGUCGUUCUGGUAAAAUUGAGAUGUGUGAUUAUUUGGUCGAUCAUUUUUCAGAUUUAUUGCUGAUAAGGGAUUAUGGUUGGACAGAAUAGCAAUCAGCUUGCAAAACAAUGAAUAUAAGACUUUUUUUUCAAUUUGCCAGGGGGCAAACUUCAGUUCCUGGUGAAAUGGUGUUGAAAUUGUAAAUUGCUUGUCUGAAUGAUAUACAUGAUGUUUGUUGAUAUUAUUAAAAAGAACACUCACAUUUUAUAGACAUCAAGGAUGAUCAAGGUAAAUAAUUUUAAUAUAUUAUAUAAAUUACUUUUUGGUAUGAAGACAGUUAUGAUUCAUUUGUUCAGAAAACUGAAUUUUCAUCUAUUGCUAAUGAUUAUGAAGGAAAUACCGAGAGACAUUCUUCAAGAACGCGUUUCCCAAAAAUUAAAUAGAUAAAAAAGGUUUAGGAAUGUUUCAGUCACAUUGUAUAUGGGUCGUUUUCUCUCCUCAUGCAUUCUGUUAACAAAAAAAAACCAUAUUGUGUAUAUUGUAGAUAUCAAUAAUUUAUUAAUCAAAUGUUGAGAAUCUUUCGUAGAGAUCUUAUUUGGAAAACAUGGUAAACAUGUAAGUUGAUUCUCUACUCUCCCCAUGCAUGUAUAAGAAAAUAAUAUUCAUUUCUAAGAGACGAAGAAAGCGAAAAGUGAUCAACUUUUUCAAUGCAAUAUGCAAAACACAUCAGGAUCAAGAACAUGGACCCCUAAAAUCACAAGUUUAAUUCUAUGCAUAAUUGAUGAUAGAAGCAAGAUAAUCCAGAAUCUUGGUAAUUUUUCAUGUCAAUUUUUCAUGUUGUUUUACUUUUAGGUCGGUCAUUGCAUACAACUAUCUUUUCAUAGUUCAUGUACAUUUUUUAACUGUUAAGAUGAAUUUUGAUAAAUUACAUUAAUCGGUUUACUUCUUUUCUAAAAUUAAAUAAAUUAUGCAAAGAGACUUGCAUUUAUCACUCUGUACAAUUUUUAGUGAGUUAAAUAAUGCUUUAAUUUUUUUCUUGUAAAUAAUAUGGUUAAAAUGGAUUAACUGUAAAUUCACAAUGUGUUGUAACAAAUAUCGUAGAAUCCAUUAACAUCUAAAGAACUUGUUCUAUAUUUAGAUUGAAAGUGGAAUGUGUGUUGUUCGUCAAAUGAAUAUUUUUGUUUCGCUU